GCAUUCCGUUCGAGCGUCGUUCUUUGUUUCGGUUAAGAGGGCAGUCUCUAUCGAAGAGAGAGGCCGGUUAACGAAAAUUUGAAGCGAGUCGAGACAAGUAGAGAACGUCGUGACGCCGAGCGUUGUUUUAACGCCCGAUAACGACGCGUCCCACGAUAUGUCACGACGGACGUGAAUUUUGGGCAAGAACAUACAAUCGACUUACUACUCCCCCUGUAAAUAAACGCGUAUUCGCGGAGUGAGUGUGCAAAGUGCGCGAGAGGAGAAAGGAGGUGGAGGAGGUGGCGGCGGUGGCGGCGGCGGUGGCGGAGGAGGCGGAGGAGGAGGAAGAGGACGAGGAAGAAGAGAGGAGCAUAGGUAGCAGUGGCAGCAUCGAGGCACCCGAGGUGUCGAACUGUUUGACAGGCGGCCGAACGCUUUUCUUUCUCUCUCACACUCCCGUCCGUGGUGCCGCGAUUUGUAUUGUUUAGAGGCGGUGUGGUGUGCUCCGUUUACGAGAGGUUUAUCCGUGUUCACAGAGGAAAAACGAACGUGAAAACAAUCGGGAGUGGUGUGUACUCAGUGCUGGCUGAAUCGGCGUCCGCGCCCCGACGCCGCCGUUUGACGUACGAUUUGCUGAUUUUUCAACAACGUAUCCUCAACACUCGACGAAUCUUCUCCAAGAUAGCCUCGUCUAUCGGAUAGUGCGUGCUAAAGAGUGUGUGUUCGAUUUUUCGUUCGCAUUGUUGGUGUACUACGGGGUUAACGGUGAAUCUCUCGAAGGUGACGCGCCGUGCCGAGGGUACCUUGGAGACGGUGGAGAGUUUCGGUGUAGGGUACGGCCAGGGAGCAGGCACGAGUACAGGCGACUGGAUGAAACCACCGGGGGAUCUUUUCCUUUACUGCGACAUGAAGGAUUUGGGGGCCGACAUGAUCGCUCCCUCAGCAAAAAAGCUUUGGGGCGUGGACGAGGGCGGCUCCAAGGACGAAGGGGGUGUAAAAGGCGGUGGGAUACUUCACCUGGGCGACCACCAGAUGUGGCGAGAUUCCACUUGGAGCACCUCAGAUCAUGCCGUCUCGCAACCAAUUUCCAUGGGCACCGGCAGGCGUGUGGGUGUCGGGACUGGAUAUCAUCAUCAAACAUCAGAAGUUGGGACGGUUCUUAGCCCCAGAAGCAGUGAAACUGGUGGUCUGGGGGUUAAAAUGGUCGAGUAUGUUCUUGGAUCGAGUCCUACGACACCCAAAGAUUUGGAACCCAGAAUGGUUUCUCUGAGAUUGAACACCGAUGCAGAUAAGAAAGAAAAAGAGAAGGGCUCGGCAAGUCCUUUUGACAGUUCUAAGGACGACACAGGUCCGCAAAACAAUGGAUUAGCAUCUCAAAAUGGUCUUGAUGAUGAUAAAGGAUUUAAUCGUACACCCGGGAGUCGCCAACCCUCACCAGGCGAGGAAGAAUUUCAGAAGAACGCAGCAACGACUCUCGUGAGUGCCGGCGGCGGCGGAGUCGUGUUGCUGAAACCUGGUGUCGAUGUGGUUGGAAGCGAGGAGCAUUUCAUGGCCGCUUUUGCACCGGCUCCGCCGCAUCAUCUACAGCAUCAUCAAGCUCCGCCGACGCAUCAUCUGCAACACCCACACUCACACGCAGCGCAGCUCUUUGGUGCACAGGCUCCGCCACCCCCACAGGGUCCGCCACCUUCCCAGCAACAGCAACAGCAACAGGGACCCCCGCAGCCACAAGACACUACCACUCACUUUGAUGUUCAGCAACUGUUCCGAAGCCAGCCUCAAGGAGCCACGCCGCAGCAGUUGCAGCUGCUGCAGCAGCAACAGCAGCAGCAGCAACAGCAGUAUUUGGCUGCCUCGCAAGCACAGCAGCAACAGCAACAGCAACAACAACAGAACUUUCCCACGGCGCCGUAUACCGUGAUCAGCGGGCAGGAACCGUACGUCGGGGCAUUGAUAGCCGGUGCGCCUCCUCCAGUGGUGCCACAGUAUUAUGGAGUCGCGCCGUGGGUUUAUCCAGCCGGAUUGCUGCCGCAGGCACCUCCUCAAGCUGCCGCCCCGCCGCCACCCAGGCGACCGCUGACACCAUCCUCGGCCGCAGCCGCGGCAGCUGCCGCUCAAGACACUGCAAAUAAUUUGGCCCAGACUGUUCAGGGACAGUAUCAGGUGAUCCCGGCGUAUUACGAUCAGAAUGGAUCCAUCGUGAUGGGCGGAGUACGGGGAUUGAGCUCGGCGGCGACUCCCAUGAGAUUAGUCAGUCCGGCACCUGUUUUGGUAAAUAGAGCUCCGUCACAGCCACCACCGGGGCCACCAGCUCCACCACCGCCGAGUCUAUAUUCUCAACCAACCCCUACGUCUCAUAGUAAUGCAACGCCCGGUGAAUGUUUGGGUCUGGCGGCGUGCAGUGCAGCAGCAGUGGUUGCACAGGCUCAAGCAGUCGCGGUGCAGCAGGCACAGCAGCAAGGAUCAGGACUAGCCGCAGGUUUAGCGGCACUAGGAUAUGGCGGCUCCCCUCUGGGAGCGUUGGGUUCGCCCGCUCAGCUUCAGAGCACAGGUCUAGGCCUCGGCGCUUCAUCAACUGCACGAAGAGAUUCAUUCGAUAGAAACACGUCCGCUUUCAGCCCUAGCUUGGAAUACAGUCGCGCAAAGUGGCCUCAGAGUUACGGAGCCCUAGGCACGGUAACGGCAUCGCCAAGCCCAUUAGGAUUAUCCUUAACACCGCCGCCAACUUUGGGUGGGUCUUUAGGCGGACUCGUCGGUGGUCCCAGUCGAGUAUCCGCUGCUCCCGGGGCUGAAGCCAAGUUCCGUGCUAGCGCUGUACCGGCAUUAACAGCGAACGGGGUUUUCGGUUCAAGUAGUUCUCUUUUCCCGAACUUGGUGGGCAAACCUGGCCGCGGUGGUACGACUAGCAUCGGGGACAAAAACGCUGGCGGACGAUCCCGCUUGUUGGAAGACUUUAGAAAUAAUCGAUUCCCGAGUCUUCAGCUACGUGAUCUGGCCAAUCACAUAGUCGAAUUCAGUCAAGAUCAGCACGGCUCCCGUUUUAUUCAGCAGAAAUUAGAACGUGCCUCCGCCAGCGAGAAGCAGCUUGUGUUCCAAGAGAUCCUUACUUCUGCUUAUUCAUUGAUGACCGAUGUUUUCGGAAAUUAUGUUAUUCAGAAGUUCUUUGAGUUCGGUACGCCGGAACAGAAAUCCACCCUUGCCCAAAAGGUUCGAGGACACGUACUGCCCUUGGCACUGCAGAUGUACGGUUGUAGAGUGAUUCAGAAAGCUCUCGAAUCGAUCGGACCGGAACAACAGCAAGAAAUUGUUCGAGAGCUGGACGGCCACGUAUUGAAAUGCGUUAAAGAUCAAAAUGGAAAUCAUGUUGUACAAAAAUGUAUCGAAUGCGUGGAGCCACGAGCAUUGCAGUUCGUAAUCGGAGCAUUUGCUGGUCAGGUGUAUUCCUUGAGUACUCAUCCUUAUGGGUGCAGAGUGAUCCAACGUAUUCUCGAGCACUGUACCCCUGAACAAACUCAGGGCAUUCUUCAAGAAUUACAUGCUGCUACUGAUCAGCUCAUUCAAGAUCAGUAUGGUAAUUACGUGAUCCAGCAUGUGCUCGAACAUGGAAAACCGGAAGAUAAAGCGCAAUUGAUUAGCAGUGUUAGGGGUAAAGUACUUACUCUUUCUCAACAUAAAUUUGCAAGCAACGUCGUUGAAAAAUGUGUGACCCAUGCUACAAGACAAGAGCGUGCCGUACUCAUUGAAGAAGUAUGCGGAUUUAACGACAACGCAUUAAACGUCAUGAUGAAGGAUCAGUAUGCCAACUACGUGGUUCAGAAAAUGAUCGAUGUAGCAGAACCUGCACAACGAAAAGUAUUGAUGCACAAGAUCCGCCCGCAUUUAGGUAGCUUGCGCAAGUACACCUAUGGCAAGCACAUCAUUGUCAAGUUAGAGAAAUUCUUCAUGAAAACUGCAUCCGCAAUGGGGGUAGCAACACCUGCUGGUGCUUCGAGUGGUGGAGGUGAUCUUGGUCCUAUCGGACCGCCUGCUUCUGCUGCUGGUCCAGUAUCUACACCAGCUCAGCAACCAACGCAGGUUUUAUAAGCGUACGAUUUCGGAAAGUAACAACUUGAGGAUCUUUGUACGUUUAAAGAAAUACGUACCAAGACCUACGUAAUAUUUAUGCAACGUAUCGCUAUUGAAUUUUUAAUGGACGAGAAAAGGAAAAAGAAUGCAUUUCGAUGGUGUUGUAUGUCACGUUGUCUUUUCUUGAAGCUAUAAAGCUGAAAGAAAAAAAAAAGAAAAAAAAAAAGAAAAAAUAAGAAGAUGCGCGAAUCCAUUUAAAAUGAAAAAAAGGAAUUACCAAAACAAUUUUUCUUAUUUUUGUAAAACCGUAAAAAAGAAAGAGAGACAUUGACAAUUUGUACAGAUUCACAAGAAUGGACAACGUGAAAUUACGGCACGAGUAGAACAAAUUCUGAGGUCAAGUGUAUGUCAGGAAAAAUCAACUUCUAGAGCAACGUUAGAAAUGCAAUGCAUUUUUUCUAUUAGUAAUCCAAUGUGCUGCCGAGUAAUAUAUCCAUAGCGAUUUACAUUAAAAUGUCACGACAGUUGCAUUAAUACCGUUCGAGUAUUCGGAUUUCUCCGUAACGGUUUCGAUAAGCUUCCAUCAAUCGUUAAAAGUAACUGUAGUGCUGAGACGGCUGAUUGUCUUUUAAACGCCACUCAUUUACCAAUGAAUUUAGAACAGUUUUAAAGGCACCAUAAUUCCGACAAAUUUACAACAAACUCUCCCCUAAUUUUGAGUAAAAAUAUAUUUAACAUAUGAUUCUUUUUAAACUCAGCACUUUGAAAGGUGUAACUUUGUCCUCUGGCAAACAUUUAAGCACAUGUGAGAAAAGCGUAAAACAAUGAAAGAGCAGGAGAAGUUGAAUAAGUCGUGUACGGCUCGUCAUGAUUAAAACUCGGUAAUAACAACUAAAACUCCGAAGAAGAGAAAAAUAUGUUUAGACAGCUAGGAUAGAUCUUAGAGCUGCAUGCAUUUAUAUCGAGUUGUUAUGAAAGUGCGAUGGCCGUAAAACACCAUGCACGAGAUGUCUUGAUCGCAAGUCUACCGUACUAUCUUUGCACGCUGAAAGUAGUAUUAUCUUUUUGUGCGGUAUACGACCGAUCAACGAAUCGAUAUCGGUUCAGAUUUGAUAGAAGUUAGGAACUACAGAUAUGUUGAUUAAAUCUAGCAUAGCGUUUGACAUGGGAAUGAAGCUGAGUAUCCCUGACCUGACCGCUGAUCUGCCCCUUGAUUGCUUCAAAUUGUUGGUAAAAGAAAGAACAAAAAAAGAAAGAAAGAGAAAUCGAUUUUAUUACUCGUUUUACGUUUAUAGAGAAACUUGAAAAAUGAAUCAGUAUGUAUAUGUGCGUAGUUUUUCCUGAAGACAGAAUUUAGCAAGAGAUACAAACGAAACUAAAAGACAGAAACAAAACAAUAAGAAGAGACAUCAAGUCGUUAGUACGGUUCUCCUUUGUUCACUUUUACGUUUGUCGCUCUGGUGCGUGAAACGCAUUUUUUUUUUACUCUCUUAGAUCCUUUUUGCAUUCCCUUUCUCCUUUAUCCCUUUGCCCUGUUCCUUCUUUCUCCCCCUCCCGAGAUCCUCGAAUUUUGUAAAUUGUGAUAUAAAUAAAUAACAAAUGUGUAUAGGUACGACGUGAAACUCUAUCGUGAGGAACCGUAAAUUCAAUGAAUAUUUUAUUUUUCACGGGAAUUCUCUCCUUUUUAACGGACUUUGUGAAUAUCGUGUAUUAUAAUAAUUACUAAUUAUAUUAAAUUUAAAUAUGAUUUACGUUCUAAUGCUGCUGACCCCUGAUCGAUAUACGUUGAUAUUUCCCAUUCUCCUGCCAUUUGAAAAAUGAUUUCUACCAAACCAUCGAUGAUACCCCUCUUCAUAUAUAUGCAGGCACCAUACAUUCGCUUAUACUUUUCUCCACUUAUAAAAUAUGAAGAUUUUUGACAAAGGAGAUGUUUUAAAGG